ACUUCUGAAAGUGUUGGGUCGAAAGGGUUUGCUUUAGUGUUAUUCUUUAAGUGUGGCCUGUUAAAUACAAACUUUGAUGUAAAUGGUGAAAAUAGCCAGUAGAUAGAGUCAUACAGAAUAUGUAGCCUUUUGAGUCUAGCUUAAUGCCUUUGAGAUUCAUUCCUGUUGCUCCAAGUAUCAAUAGUUCCUUCUUGCUUCUUAGUGGGACCCCCUUAUAUGGAUGUACAGUUCGUUGAUUUAUUCACCAUUUGAAGGACAUUUGGGUUUCAAGUCCUUGGAGAUGAUGAGUAAAGUCACUACAAACACUUGCAUACACCAUUUUGCGAACACAAGUUUUCGUAUUUCUUGGGUGGAGACCUGGCAGUGAGGCUGCUGGGGCCUAUGGUAAGUAUAUGUUUCACUAUAUCAGAAAUGGCCAAGUCUUUCCCGAAGUGGCUGUAUCAUUUUGCAUUUCCACCAGCAGUGUAUGAGGGUUCCAGUUGCUCCACAUCCUCCUGGCAUUUGGCAUUCUCACUUUGGGAGGGGGGACAAUGAUUAGCUGUUUUCGUUGUCUGUAUGUAAAUUACUUUUAAUCGGAAAGUAAUACAUGUUCCUUGUAAAGAAGUGUGGGGCUCUGAGGCUCAGGGUGUAGAGGGGAACAUGGAUUCAGCCUCUGCUGCUGUCUGGACCUUCAAAGACCAGAGGUCUUCCAGCAUUUCUGAUUGUCAACAGAAAACUUUGACAUCACCAGGUGGGCAACAGAUGGCUUUUGAUACCACUGCAAAGAGUUUCAGAAAAAGUUCGUUUUGGUGUUUUGUUUCUUCCACAGAACCUGGCCCCUUUCCUGGGAUUGUGGACGUUUUUGGAGCUGGAGGUGGCCUUCUGGAAUAUCGAGCUAGUCUGCUGGCUGGGAAGGGUUUUGCUGUGAUGGCUCUGGCCUAUUACAACUAUGACGACCUCCCCAAGAGCAUGGAGAGCCUCCACCUGGAGUACUUUGAGGAAGCUGUGAACUGCCUGCUUAGUCACCCUCAGGUAAAGGGUCCAGGAGUUGGGCUGCUUGGCAUUUCCAAGGGGGGCGAUCUCUGCCUCUCCAUGGCCUCCUUCCUGAAGGGCAUCACUGCCACCGUCAUAAUCAAUGGCUCUGUGGCCAAUGUUGGUGGAGCCUUGCACUACAAGGGGGAGACUCUGCCCCCUGUAAGUUCCAACAUAAAUCGUAUCAGGGUGACCAGUGAGGGCUUCGCAGACAUUUUGGAUGUCCUCAACAGCCCUUUGGAAGGACCCGACCAGAAGAGCUUCAUUCCUGUGGAAAGGGCUGAGAGUGCCUUCCUGUUCCUUGUAGGUCAGGAUGACCACAACUGGAAGAGUGAAUUCUAUGCCAGUGAGGCCUCUAAACGCUUACAGGCGCAUGGUAAGGAGAGGCCCCAGAUCAUCUGUUACCCAGGGGCGGGGCACUACAUAGAGCCUCCUUACUUCCCCAUGUGCCCGGCUUCCAUGCACACCUUGGUGGGCCGUCCUGUCAUCUGGGGAGGGGAGCCCAGGGCUCAUGCCAUGGCCCAGGUGGAUGCUUGGAAGCAGCUGCAGGCUUUCUUCCACAAACACUUGGGUGGGGUAAAGGGAACAAUUCCAGCAAAACUGUAAUCUUUUAUUUCAUUCUACGGCGUCUCUGAUGCUAAUUGAUCCUCGGAAGAGCUGCACAAUUGGUGUGUAUGUAUAGUUUUCUUCUUCUUAAUAAUGACUUAGAGUUUUUCUCCCAUCACUGUUAAAACAAACUGACCAGUGAGGUUUCAAGAUUUUUAUAAACUACAUACCUGUUCA